UUACUGAGGGAGUGUGUAGUUAGUGCAGGGAACGAUAUGGUUAGCACGGUAGUGGUGGUGGUGGUGGUAAUAAGAUAGUGGUAGGAAGGGAAGAUGGUAAAAGAGGAGCAGUAAGAGUAGGGUAGAACGUAAAGUAACAGCAGCAAUAUUAGCAGUAGUAGUAGUAGUAGUUGCAGUAGUAGCUGUAGCAAUAGUUGCGGGAAGAAUAAUAAUGAUAAAGGUUUCUUUUAUUUAUAUAUAAUAGUAACAAUAAUUGUAUCUUUAUUUUGCUACUAUAACAACAAUAAUAAUUACGAUAAUGAUUUUUUUUUUCGGGAGGAGUAGUCUCAGAAGAAAUAAAUGCUGGGGGUAGCAAUAGUAGUAGUAGUAGUAGUAGUAGCUGUAACAGGGACAGCGUGAAGAAAGUGGAGGCGACAGCGGCGGCGGCGGCGGGGAAGACACUCGUUGCCGGUACAGGAGGAGGAGGAAGAGGAGAGAGAUACAAAGUGAAAGGGAAAGCCAGAGAGUCAUAGAGAAAGAGAGAAAGAAAGAGCAAGAGAGAGAGACAGAGAGAGAGAGAAGAUAAUAUAGAACUACCAGCAGCACCAGUAGCAGCAGUAGUGGGGAAAACAACAACAGCAGCAGCGGCAGCAGUAGUGCUGUGGUUCCCACCGCCGUCUGCUGACAGUGUAAGCAUGGAAUCUUGUGCACAGUGCUUGAAGAAUGAGUUCAAACCAGAGAAUGCUGGACUUAAUCACGAAGACCCGUCGGUGUUUGUCAAAUCACAGUGGCCAUUUGACCAACGGCUCUAUGUCUUGUAUCGUGUGGUGGUUGCUAUGGGAUUCAUCGCUUGGAUUAUUGCUGAUGUCAUUGACGAAACAGAGAAAUUUUACAAAGACCGUUUUUGGAUCUGGUUUAUUUUCGCAACCAAUUGGAGCUUCGUUCUACUUACCCUCACAACAAUUGUUGAGGCCAUAUGCUGCACUUAUUACUGCGUAGCAGCGCGUGGUCUGCUGGGUAAGUACAGAUACAAUAAACAAAAUAUCGACGCCCACUAUUUCCAAAGUAUGCCCAUCCCGCUGAAGGUGUUGUGGCUCCUCUACAAUCUCGCUGCCAACACAGCAAUUGUAAUCACAAUAUCGUACUGGUCGUACAUAUUUUUUAUGGAACAUUCUAAGUUCCUAAUGACCAACAUGAGCAAAAUGAAACACAUGCUAAACACCGUGUACGUCAUCCUUGACCUCAUGAUCGCCUCAAGACCCAUCCGUAUCUUCCACAUGCUCUUCCCGGUGAUGCUCGGCUCCAUCUAUGCCAUCUUCAACGCCACCUACUUCCUGAACGACGGCACUAUCCUGGACGGACGGCACUACGCCUACAACGUGCUGAACUGGAAUGUGCCAGCCGAGGCCAUUGUCACGUGCAUCCUUUGCAUAGCACAGACCAUCUUCAGUCAGAUAGUUCUCUACCAUUUGGUCGCGGCGCGCGUCUGGCUGCACUCGAGGUUCUACGAGCCGCACGAGCAGCUUCCCGAACACGACUCGGAGAUGCAGAGCAUCAUGAGCGCCGACUCCACCACGUAUCUUGCCACCGAUUCUCAACUGGACGGCAGUAGCAGCACGGCCGGGGCCAUAACAGCGAGCAACAACAUCCACUGAUGACCAGAAAGCAAUGGCGGGAAAAGAGAGUUCCGCUUGGAAAGGAAAGUGAGAGCAGAGAAGCAGGGUGCUGUUGAGUGGUAUGAGAAGGGCCCACCUAAAUGGACCUAUUCAAAGCUUGCACCUCUAAGCUGGGAUUCACAGAGAAGAGAGGAGCACUUACCAUGGGGCACUUGGUGAGUAGGGUGACUUGGGAUCUGUGGGGUUCGUUAACCACCCCUGGGUGCUGCCCACCGCUAUUGGGGUAUUUUAUUGUUUUUAAUUUUAUUAAUUGUUAUGUUUUUAUAAUUUAUGUGUUUUAUGGGAACCCCAACUGUCCCUUGUUUAUUUUUAUUGUCUUUUUGUUUUGUGUGCUGCCCUUGUGGUCAAUAAAGAAAGAAUUAAGAAUUAUUAUUAUUAUUAUUAAUAAUGAGGUGGUGAGCUGGCAGAAUCAUUAGCAUGCAGAGUGAAAUGCUUAGCCAUAUUUUGUCUGCCGUUACGUUCUGAGUUCAAAUUCUGCUGAGGUCGACUUUGCCUUUCAUCCUUUCAGGGUCGAUAAAUUAAGUACCAAUGAAACACUGGGGUUGAUAUAAUCGACUAGUCCCCUACUCACAAAUUUCAGGCCUUGUGCCUAUAGUAAAAAGGAUUAUUAUUAUUAUUAUUAUUACUAUUAUUAUUGUGAAGGUGCAUGGCUCAGUGGUUAGAACGUCGAGCUUACGAUUGUGAGGUUGUGAGUUCGAAUCACGACCGGGCUGCGUGUUGUGUUCUUGAGCAAGACACUUUAUUUCACGUUGCUCCAGUUCACUCAGCUGUAGAAAUGAGUUGCGACAUCAUAGGUGCCAAGCUGUAUCAACCCCUUUGCCUUUCCUUUGGAUAACAUCAGUGAUGUGGAGAAGGGAGGCUGGUAUGCAUGAGCGACUGCUGGUCUUCCAUAAACAGUCUUGCCUGGACUUGUGCCUAGGAGCGUAAUUUUCUAGGUGCAAUCCCAUGGUCAGUGAUGACCGAAGGGGGUCUCAGCAUAUAUAGUGAUUUAGCUAUUAUUAUUAUUUUACUCUUUUGAUACCAACCCGGCUGAAACCGGCUCUGGCUCUGAGUACAAAUGUCUUGUUUUCACAAGUUUUGAAUUAAAAUCUUCCACCAAACCUUAGUCACAAUUUAUGUUCCUAACACUAGCUGAAUGAUAACGUUUCAGAGUUUGAGGAGAGUGGAACCACCUCAUAGCCCCUAUUGUUCCCAGGUCUACUCCAGCCCAGAGUGGUAACACCUGUAAGGGUCCCAACUAUGGGUUAACCUGCAAACCCCCACUGCAACUGGGGCGUCGAUAGAAUGCAUUCACCAUAUUCUCUGCGUCACGUAAGAAGGGAUUAAAAGGGGUGGUAGUAAAGGGACCUGGAACCCACUCCUCCUAGUGAUUUCAAAUCCCUAAAAUGACAACAAGAAAGAGUGUCUUUAAUAGAAAUAAUAAUAAUAAUAAUAAUUAUUAUUAUUAUUAUUAUUCUUUAAGGCAGUGAGCUGACAGAACCGUUGGCAAAAUGCUUAGUGGCGUUUCAUCCAUUUUGAUGUUCUGAGUUCAAAUUCUGCUGAGGUCAAAUUUGUUUUUCAUCGUUUUGGGGGUCAAUGAAAUAAGUACCUGUUGAGUACAGGUGGGGUAGUUUAACGCUUGCACGGGUUGGAUGGUUUCACAGGAGCUGGCAAGCCAGAAGACUGCACCAGGUGGGGUGGGGGUCAAUAUCCCCCCCCCAACCCCUUACAACGAGAAAGUAAGAAAGGAAAACGAAUUCUCUUUUUCUCUCUCAAGUUUAUAAAGUGUGUAUGACAUCAAUAUAUGUACACACACACACACACACACACACUCGCAUGUCUCAUGGCAUACAUAUUUGCUUUUGAAGAAAAGAGAAUUGAUGUCCUGCAAAAUGGUAAAUCUCUUUCUCUCAAGAACUUUCGCUACAAUCAUAACUACUGCUGCUGCUGAUGCCAUCACCACCACUACCACCACUACUACUACUACUACUACUACUACUACUACUACAUUACUGCUACUAUUACUACCACCACUACUAAUACUGCUACUACUACCACCACUACUACUACUACUACCACUGCUACUACUACCACCACCACCACCACUACUACUAGUCUUUUUGCUGAUUUAGUUUCGUUUCGUUUGUUUGUUUUUUUUUGUUCCUCAGUACAUUUGUUUUAUCUUCCACCACCACCACCACCACCACCAACACCAUGCAACAUCAAAUCUGUUUCUAACUGUUUCCACCCAACCAUUGCACCUCCACUCCGGGUGGAUGUACUGGUGUCUGCCAUAUUCCUUCCUAUGUAGACAGUCCUCCAUGCAAUCUGCUGAUGUCUACAUCGAAACAAAGUCUGUUUUUGCUUUCUGUUUUUUUUCGUUUUAUUUUUAUUAUUUUUGCUUCUUGUUUAUUUUUAUUAUUUUUUUAUUCUCCUCUAUUUCAAUUCCAUAGGGAAAAAAAAUCUGAUUCUUUGAUUUUUCUUUUGAGGUUUUGCUCUAAAUGUCAUAACAUUAUAGUUAAGUUCUUAUCAUCAUCAUCAUCAUUUCCAUCAGCAUCAUCACCAUCACCAUGUUGUCGUCGUCAUUGUCACAAUCAUCGUCAUCAUCACCAUCAUCAUCAACUUCUCCAUUGUCAUCACCAUCACCACCAUCAUCGUCAUCAUCAUCAUGAUCAUCAUCACCACCACCGUCUUCAUCAUCAACACGACCACCACCAUCAUUCGCCUCCACCCCAACCCCAUUAUUCAAUCAACUCUGUUUUGAAUGAAAAGUAAAGUCCGACCCUUAGAUUUCUAAGCCGGAAGAAAUGCCACGAAGCAUUUUCUCCGUCCGGUCAGCUAACGGUGAGC